AUGUGGCUUAUCGUUACAAGCAGUCUAGCUGGAUCGCGGGCCGAGUCUUGCCACGGUAUAGCGAGUAGCAACAAUGCGUUCAGCUGUAACGUUCGAUGGGUGGUGGACGGUGGUGGAGGUGUUGGGGAGGUGGUGAGGAGGUUGUGCGAGGUCACGUCGCUCGGCUCGGGCGGCUCCGGCGGUGCUCGGGCCGGGCGCCGCCGCGGCGUGAGGCAUCGACGCGCGCACAGCGACCUCUGCGUGCGCCGCGCAACUGUAGAGUUUAAGUCCGGUGACCACGCUGCGGACUCUACCGCCUCUCACACUGCCAUCGAAUUGUUAUCUAAAUAUCCGUUCCAGGGGCUUCGCCUCUCUGGUGCCGUCCUGUGCUUAGUUCAUACUGUGGACAGUGCGUCGGUUCUUAAGAGAGGAGGGAGUGGAGAUAAGCGCGCAUCUAUGCAAAACACGGCCAUUGCCCUGCUGGAGACGGCGUCGGCCUUCGAGAGAGCCGUGCUGGAAUGUGAGCACCUGGAGGCGUCCGAGCACGGCGGGUUCCGG